GUGAAGCGCUUGUGUGCAAUAACUCAAUUUGCCUUUGCAAACUUUGUUCACUCUGUUCAUAACCGAUUUUAUUUUGAGGAACAGAAAACUGUAUUGAGAUAAAAUGUUUAACUGAUGAGAAAAUUUGCCGAAUAUCGGCCAAAAUCCACCUCGUUCCAUCUUCUCCCACUGUCUGCCAGUGGGUUUUCCUCUCACUGCCAUAUUUAUACAUCCAAUUAAAUAUCUGUCGCAAUGUUCUGUCUGUGAUGUCGCAUUUGCUCUGUUGCAGUGGUGGAACAGGAAGUUCCGGGAAGGCGCUUGAGAUGUCUGGUGAAGACGAUAUAUUUUAUGUCCGUUUCACAUGUAUUACUACAGGUCAAGUCUGAGGCCGGUAACAUCAAUAGUGAGGACAAACCCAGCCUGCCUCUCUCCUUCCACACUGAGUCCAAACCUUCAGUCACUGGGUCCUGAUUCUGACAGUGGAGCCCAGUUUGCACUGCAGGAUCCAGAGAUGGCAUCAGUGAAGCUGGAAGACUGCAGUCAAACACUGGAGCUGAAUGUCAACAUUAAAGAUGAGGAGGAGAAGAUUGGGAAAUCUGUUUAUCAUGACCGACUCAGAUCAAGUCUAAGUCCGGUAACAUCAACAGUGAGGACAAACCCAGCCUGCCUCUCUCCCUCCACACUGAGUCCAAACCUACAGUCACUGGGUCCUGAUUGUGACAGUGGAGCCCAGUUUGCACUGCAGGAUCCAGAGAUGGCAUCAGUGAAGCUGGAAGACUGCAGUCAAACACUGGAGCUGAAUGUCAACAUUAAAGAUGAAGAAGAGGAGGAGAAGAUUGGGAAAUCUGUUUCUCAUGGAGACCAUGAUGAGACAUUCUCUACAUCCAGGGAGCAACAGCAGGAAGAUCCCAGAGCUAAGAGGUCUCAUCACUGCCCACAUUGUGAAGAGAUUUUCCCAUUUCUAUCAAAGCUAAAAAUACACCUAAAAAUACACACAGGAGAGAAUCUGUAUUCCUGCACUGACUGUGGGAAGAGAUUCACAACAUCACAAUCUCUGACAGUUCAUCAGAGAGUGCACACUGGAGAGAAGCCUUACUCCUGCUCUGAGUGUGGGAAGAGGUUCUCUCAACAGAUCCACUUACAAAUACACCAACAUGUACAUACAGGAGUGAAGCCUUACUCCUGCUCUGAGUGUGGGAAGAGGUUCUCUCAACAGUUCCACUUACAAAUACACCAACAUGUACAUACAGGAGUGAAGCCUUACUCCUGCUCUGACUGUGGGAAGACUUUCUCCCGAUUGGAUUCCUUAAAAACACAUGAACGUAUACAUACAGGAAAUAAUCCAUAUUCCUGUACUGACUGUGGGAAGACUUUCUCCCGAUUGGAUACCUUUAAAAUACAUGAACGUAUACAUACAGGAGAGAAUCCAUAUUCCUGUACUGACUGCGGGAAGAGCUUCACAACGUCAGGGACUCUGACAAUUCAUCAGAGAGUACACACUGGAGAGAAGCCUUUUUCCUGCUCUGGCUGUGAGAAGAGGUUCUCUCAACAUAUCCACUUACAAAAACACAAACGCCUACAUACAGGAGAGAAGCCUUACUGCUGCUCUGACUGUGGGAAGAGUUUCUCUCAACAGAACCACUUCAAAUCUCACCAGCGAAUACAUACAGGAGAGAAGCCUUACUCCUGCUCUGAAUGUGGGAAGAGUUUCAUCAGAUUGGAAAUAUUAAAAUGCCACCAGCGAAUACAUACAGGAGAGAAGCCUUACUGCUGCUCUGACUGUGGGAAGAGUUUCUCACAACUGGGCAACUUAAAAACACACCAACUUAUACAUAAAGGAGAGAAGCCUUACUCCUGCUCUGACUGUGGGAAGUGCUUCACAACAUCAACUGAUGUAAAAGUUCACAAAAGAGCACACACGGGAGAGAAGCCUUACUACUGCUCUGACUGUGGGAAGAGUUUUGCCAGAUUGUAUACCUUAAAAACACAUCAAUGUAUACAUAAUGGAGAGAAGCCUCAUCAGUUCUCUCAGACCAACUAAGAUUAAAGUCAUUACAUCACUUAAUUCUCAAGAAAGCGUAGCACACUAUUGUAUUCCUAUUGUUUCUCACUGUGAGAGAACUGUGCAGAGGAAAGGGAGCGUUAUAGAAUGUUAGCCUUCUUUUUACUUUACUGAUCAGUGUGCACCUGGUCAGUUUUGGUGUGUUUUGUUAGCUCCUACUUUAAAUAUUACUUUAAAUAUAUUGAGAGGACUUUGGGUUUGCCUUUAGGGUUGAAUAUCCUCUGUGAGGCUGGUUGACUGGGUGGUACUGCUUCCCUCUGCAGUUUUCUGUGGGAAUGAGUUAGUAGACACAACAUGUAUCAGAUAGAGAUGGUGUGAUGAUCAGUUUUCUGUGGGAAUGAGUUAGUAGACACAACAUGUAUCAGAUUGUGAUGAUCAGUGUUCUGUGGGAAUGAGUUAGUAGACACAACAUGUAUCAAUCAGAUAGAGAUGGUGUGAUGAUCAGUGUUCUGUGGGAAUAAGUUAGUAGACACAACAUGUAUCAGAUAGAGAUGAUGUGAUGAUCAGUUUUCUGUGGGAAUGAGUUAGUAGACACAACAUGUAUCAGAUAGAGAUGAUGUGAUGAUCAGUUUUCUGUGGGAAUGAGUUAGUAGACACAACAUGUAUCAGAUAGAGAUGGUGUGAUGAUCAGUGUUCUGUGGGAAUGAGUUAGUAGACACAACAUGUAUCAGAUUGUGAUGAUCAGUGUUCUGUGGGAAUGAGUUAGUAGACACAACAUGUAUCAGAUAGAGAUGAUGUGAUGAUCAGUUUUCACCAUUAUUUUGGGUGGUGUUAUUUUAGCUAUUAAAGGACUAUUUGUUUAAUUAUACACAGGUUAUGAAACAACUACAUGUGUUUUAUUAAAUUGUAUUUUAAAACUAGAUGAGUUAUUUUCAUCAUUGAUGAUGAAUAUGUUUAGGUUACUGUAUUGAAGCCAACUUAAUUGACAUGCCAAUAAAAAAACGUGAAAUUGUA